AACAAUUGUAUUUUGAAUUCAUUACAAACUUUGUUUCACAGUCAUGUCGUUUGAAGAGCUUUUAAUAAAUGAGGUGAAAUCUAGACCAUGUCUGUAUGACAUGAGUCGUCACGAUUAUCGUGAUGUUAAUAUCAAAUCCAACAAUUGGGCGGAGAUAGGAGCAUUGCUCCAUGUUACUGGACAGCAGGCAAGAGAGAAGUGGAAGGCGUUGCGAGACAGAUUCGUCAAGAUGAAAAAUAAAAAUGAAAGUACCAUGAAGUCAGGGGCACCCGGAGGCGUUUCAACGAAUAAAUGGCAUCUAUUUGAACACAUGACUUUUUUAGAUUCCUUCGUGCAGCAUCGAAAAACGUCCUCAAAUUUAGAACUUGUCACUCUAUCAGCUGUGGUAGAAGGGGAAGAAGUGUCUGGGUCAUCUUCUGUCGCACCGACACCAAAAAAAAGGAAGGAAGAAGUGAACAUGCGGAUUUUGAAAAUUCUUGAGGAGGAGAAGGAUGAUGAUCCAGACAAAUUCUUCCUUCUUUCACUUCUACCACAGCUGAAAAGACUGUCUCCUGAGCGUGCUUCAUCAACAAAGAUGAAAAUCAUGCAAUUACUCCAUGAGGCUGAAUUUGAGAAAUGAUUCAAAUUCAAUUUCCCACUUAAAAAUUAGAAAAUAAAUUCAAACGUUUUUUUAUCUUAAUUACAGUACAUUACUAAAUUUAAUUGACUCCGUACAAACUUGAGCAACCUUCUCUAAACAAGAACUCAAUUUUCUAAAAAAUUUUAAUGUUUUUUAUUGUUAGUUUACCUCAACCAUUUUAUUAUUUGUUCAGGCAGUAUGCUUUUUCAUUCUGGCUAUUUCUCAUUACAGCUUCAUGGAGUAUUUGCAUGAUUUUCAUCUUUCUGCUGCUGUUUAUUUUCUUUUAUCAAGCACAAAUUCUUUUUUCAAUUACGUUUAUUUUCAAAUAUUCUUUGAUGAAAAAUUUGGAUUAUUUUCCAAAUUGAUUACAGCUUGAAAUAUUUUAGUGUAGCGUGUCAAAUGUAAAAUCUCUCAUUCAGUAAUAUGUUUUUUCGAUGGUAACCACUAAGCUAGAUAAAAGGAACUUUUCAUGUCCUUCUGACUCUUUGAAAUUGCCAGGGGCAAGCUCCAUCAACCAUGAAAUAAUUUUUAAAGCUGUCGCGAACAGCCGCCGCCGCUACACUAUUUCUGCGACCUUGCCUUUGCAGGGGCAAAAAACUGUUAUCCUCUUGUACCCGCCAACUUCCUCUUGUUAUGUUUCCCUCCAGGUCUUCCCUAUCCACUUCACCUGCAUCUAUCAGUGUAUGGCGUCUUACAUAAUUAUGCAAACAACAUGCUGCCUUCACAACCAACUCUGCGUUUUGUGGCGACACACCCAUGGGCCUCCUAAAAACUCUCCACUUCGCACUCAUUAUACCGAAUGCAUUUUCUACUACUCGCCUUGCCCUGGAUAGCCUGUAGUUGAAAACUUUUUCAUCAAUUGGCAAAUUUCGCCCCGGGUAUGGUCUCAUCAGGUGCUUCUGUAGUGGGAAGGCUUCAUCCCCCACUAUCACAUAGGGAGCCUUUUUUGAGCUGUUAGUAAGUGUUGUUUCAUCCGGCAAAUUCAGGGCCCCUUCAUUCAUGAGCUUACCGAGAGCAGAGUGGGAGAAAACACUUCCAUCACUCUGCUUUCCGUAAG